CCGGCUGCUCGCAGAGCUUCCCGCGGGGCGCGCGAACCUGGCCAUUCAGCCUCCGGCAGCCCUGCCGCGCGCCGUGGCAGUCCUGCCGCGCCUCCUCGAGCCUCCACUCUCCACUGGACGAGCCCGGCGUUGUGUCUGCUCCGCAGAGGAAGAUGGCAAAGGUGGCGAAGGACCUCAACCCACGAGUGCAAAAGAUGUCUCUGGGCCAGCAGCAGUCAGCAAGAGGUGUGGCUUGCUUGAGAUGCAAGGGGACAUGUUCAGGCUUUGAACCACAUUCAUGGAGGAAAAUAUGCAAGUCAUGCAAGUGCAGCCAGGAAGACCACUGCCUGACCUCUGAUCUCGAGGACGAUCGGAAAAUUGGCCGUCUACUGAUGGAUUCCAAGUACUCUACCCUCACUGCCCGGGUAAAAGGUGGAGAUGGCAUCCGCAUCUACAAGAGAAACCGAAUGAUCAUGACCAACCCCAUUGCCACUGGGAAAGACCCCACCUUUGACACCAUCACCUAUGAAUGGGCUCCCCCUGGAGUCACCCAGAAACUGGGCCUGCAGUACAUGGAGCUCAUCCCCAAGGAGCGGCAGCCAGUGACGGGAACCGAGGGGGCCUAUUACCGCCGCCGCCAGCUCAUGCACCAGCUCCCCAUCUACGACCAGGACCCCUCGCGCUGCCGUGGACUUUCAGACAAUGAGCUGAAAGUAAUGGAAGAGUUUGUCAAGCAAUAUAAAAGUGAGGCCCUCGGGGUGGGCGAAGUGGCCCUGCCAGGGCAGGGCGGCUUGCCCAAGGAGGAAGGGAAGAACCAGGACAAGCCAGAGGGCACAGAGACCACAGCACCCACCGCCAAUGGCAGCCUCAGUGACCCAGCCAAGGAAGUGGAAUACGUCUGCGAGUUCUGCAAGGGCGUGGCCCCCAAUGACAGCCCCGUGGUCUAUGCGGACAGGGCCGGCUACAACAAGCAGUGGCACCCGGCCUGCUUCGUGUGUGUGCGGUGCUCCGAGCCGCUGGUGGAUCUCAUCUACUUCUGGAAGGAUGCUGCACCCUGGUGUGGCCGCCACUACUGCGAGAGCCUGCGGCCCCGGUGCUCCGGCUGUGAUGAGAUCAUAUUUUCAGAGGACUACCAGCGUGUGGAAGACCUGGCCUGGCACCGGAAGCACUUUGUCUGUGAGGGUUGCGAGCAGUUGCUGAGUGGCCGGGCAUACAUUGUCACCAAGGGUCAGCUCCUGUGCCCCACCUGCAGCAAGUCCAAGCAGUCCUGAACGACUCCCCCCUGCAGAAUCCAUCGGUUGCCACCAAGAAGCUGUGGCAUCCCAAGGGCUGAUGUCACCACCAGCAAGCACCAUCAUCAGUGGUUUUUCCUGUGGGGAUGUAUACGUUCUAGGUUGAGUGGUGGUGGAUCUUUGAGGGUCUGUAGUUGUAAAACCAGAAAUGUUCUAAGAAGUCUUAGGAUGAAUUUCUUUUUGCUGUUAUUUUUUCCUAACUACAAUGAACUGAAGACACAAACAGCACCUACAAGGAAGCGCUAGGGAGAAUUCCCCAGAAUGCAAUCCUGAGUGAUCGGUCUCAUAACCAUAGGAUGUGUGAGCUUUGUUGUAGACAUGGGGACCUUUCCAGGAACAGGCUGGGACCCCAGCUGUCACCCAUUGCCUCUUUUUCUCAAGUGGAAAUUAAAUUUUAAAUAAACAACUUUUUUGGCAUGAUAAAAUUAUCAAUAAAAUUUUCUGAAUUCCACGUG